AUGAUUAAAAUAUCUUUUACGUUAAUACCAUUAUUUUUAUUGUUAUUACUAUUUUUAAAUGAUUGUAUUGGUUUAUAUAUUUAUAUGAAACCAUUUACAAAUAAUAAAUGUAGUGGUGAAUCAGAAGGAAUUGGAUAUAUUUUUAAUCAAAAUGAAGAUUCAUGUAUUAUUUUAUCAAACUCUACAAACCCAAUAAAUUCUAGUUUAGAAAUCAAUGUAUUUGGAGAGAUUGGAUCAUUUCAAAUUUUUAAUUCUUUAAAUUGUAAAAUCGAUUCAAAUGAUCCAAAACCAAUUUCAUUUGCAUUUAAAAAUAAUCAAUGUGUUAAUUUACCAACAAUGUUUAAUUAUAAUUUUAAUUCAACAACAACAAUAACAACAGAAUCACCAAUGAAUUCAUUUAAUACUGAUAAUGUUAAUCAAUAUUUUCAAAUGAACUUAAUUUCGUCUCUGAAUGAAAUUAAUCAAAUAAUUGAUCAAGUAUAUGGUGUAAAGAAAUUUCAAUAUCAAUUAUCAAAUCAAUGUUCAAAUUCAAACUUUCAAUUAAUUCAAUUUUUUACAAAUAAUUUUAAUAUAACUACUGAAAUUAAUAAUAAUAAUAAUAAUAGUAAUAAUACUACAAUAACCUCAAGCAUAUUUUGUAAUUCCCAAAAAGAACCAACUAUUCAGCAAUGUCGAAAUGGUGCUGACAACCAAUGUAUAUUUGAAUCUUUAUUUUUGCCUUGUUCUGAAAUAAUUGAAAAUGAUAUUAGUUACAAUUUAGUACAAACUUGUUAA